AUGGAAUGGAAUCUCAGAAGAAUGGAAAGUGAACUGAGACACAUCAACCCAGAUCUGCUGCAGCCCAGCAAGAGCUUCAAGAAGCCCACAUCAGGCACUAUCACAAUCAACGUCGGUGGCUUCCUGUACACCGCUCACCGGACCACCCUCGCAAAGCACCAGGGUACCUUUCUGGAAGAGUUAGCAAAUGGUAAGAAACCUGUUCAGCACAUGGAUUCGAUGGGAAACCCGUUCAUUGACAGAGACGGUCCAGUUUUCCGGCAUGUUCUCAACUACCUUCGAACUGGAGAGCUCCAGCUACCUGAUGACUUCAGAGAGGCUGGGCUUCUCCGAAGAGAGGCCGAUUUUUACCGUCUGGUUGAACUUGUAGAAGCCGUGGCAGAGUGGGAAAGUCACAGGGCGGCCCAGCGGGAGCCAGCGUUUUUAGAGGUGACGGAUAGCCACGAGAGGUCACAAGGCCUCAAGGUGUAUUGCAGUGAUCCCACCUUCAUCGAGAAGGUCAAAAGUCGACUGGUGCAGAUCUCUAAGAGUCGUCUGGAUGGGUUUCCAGAAGAAUUUGAGGUGUCGUCCAACGUGAUCCAGUUCAGACAUUUUAUCAAGUCGGAGCCAGGCUCACGGCUCGUGCUCAAGGAGGACAGCACAUUCUUGUGCACGCUUGACUGCCUGAAAUUAGAGACAGUGAUGCUAGCCUUGAGAUCCGGCUUCAGGCUGGUCACCAGCCUCGACAGCAGCAAAGGCUCCGUUGUGGCAGCUGAAGCCCUGCAUUUUGUCAAAUAG